AUGGAAGCGCACCCAACAUGCCACUCAGAACAAGGCCCUCGUCCAAAAAAGAGAUGGACGGAAGAUAAGAAGGAACGUGAUAAUAGGAAGACGGGUCUCUUGGGAAGAAGCCAGAACUACACGUCCCUAAACGCUCCACUUGAUCAGGUGCUCAUGCAAAUCAAAUAUGACCCUUCUCUAAAAUGGCCAGAGAAGAUGAAAGGAGAUCCCAAUAAGAGUAAAUAUUGUCGCUUCCAUAGGGACCACGGGCAUGACACGGAUGAAUGUUAUGACCUGAAGUAUCAAAUUGAGAAUCUUAUUAUACAAGGAAAGCUAAGGCACUUCGUUGGAAGGGAUCAUAAAGAUGAUAAGUUGAAGGGAAAAAUGGAGGAAUCGUCCCGGCCCCCACUAGGAGAAAUAAGGAUUAUCAUAGGAGGAAACUCGACGGGACAAUCUUCCAAGUCGAAGAAGACAUAUCUCAAAGUGGUGCAAAAUGUCCAACUCUCUAGACGAUCACCAAGGACGAGAUCAAUGGACGAGCCAGCCAUUUCAUUCACCGACGAAGAUGCUGAGAGGAUCCAUCACCUGCAUGACGAUGCAAUUGUCAUUACUCUGCUUAUUGCAGAUUAUAUAACCAAGAGAGUGUUAGUUGACAAUGGAAGCUCAGCAGAUAUAUUGUACUACCCUGCCUUCCAACAGAUGAGGCUUGGGCGGGAUCAACUUCGUCCAGUGUGCUCACCAUUGAUAGGGUUCGGAGGAAUGAAGGUGCAACCCGUAGGCACCAUUACAUUACCAGUAGUGGUAGGAUCAUACCCGUAG